GCUCUCUUUCUCUCUCAAGAGACUCCCUCUUUCUCUCUCUAAGCGUCUGCCUAUCUCUUUCUAUAGAACCUCCAAUCCUGUCUCUAUUCAUUAUAAUCUCUUUUGUUCUUAUUGUAUAUUACUUUGUCUUUUAUUUUUUAUUUAUAUAAAUUUUAAUUCUUAAAUUUCAUCCUUUUUAUCCUCUCUUAUUAAAAUCUUCUUAGUAAUUUUGAUCCUUUUUUUUAAUAUUUUUCCUUUUUUUGGUUAAUCUAUCAAGAGCUAACAGUGAUCGCUUCAUUUGUAAUCCAACGCUGAAUCUUGUUAAUUUUCAUGGAUCGACUAAUGUGAUUUUGUGCUUUUGACGUCAUGUAAGUGAAUGAAGAGAUAUGGGAAUAGAAUCCGUUGGUGGGUUCUUCCACUUAUAUGUUCAACCGAAAUUGUGUUCUAAGUGGACUGUCCAAUAGCUGAUCAAUCUGAAUUUUCUUGUGGCGCUGUGUGUGUUGAUUCAUAUAUCAAUGGAGCAAUUCCAGAUAGGAUUUUGAUUAUUGGGGUUUCUUUGCCCUUUUCGUUCUUUUCGAUUUUGAGUGUCAAUGGAUGAGCUAAGCGCUAAUGAAGCGCAAGAAUUCAAAGCGUCUUCACUACGGUGGCGGCCGAGGCAGCUAGCAUUUGAGCCGUAUACGUCGGGCAGUGAACCUGCGAACAAGGCAGAAACUUUGCGCGUUGUUGUGAGAAGGCCUUUGUUGGCAAGACUGACCAAAGACAUAGUUGAGACAUAUCAAAUAUGCAAUCCACAGUUCAGGUAUUCUGAAGAAUUAAAUCCAAAAAGAUAUUUGACCAGCCCAUCAAUUGGCAUCCUGAAUGAUGGUUAUGACAAUGUGAAUUCUGAUCUGAUUCUGACUGUAAACUUUGCCUUGGUCAAUCUAGAGGCACAGAGAAGAUACAUUGUCAAAGAUGUUCUUGGCCAUGGCACCUUUGGGCAGGUUGCUAAAUGCUGGUUUGCAGAAACCAACUGUUUUGUUGCUGUGAAGAUAAUUAAAAAUCAGCCAGCUUACUAUCAGCAAGCUCUGGUUGAAGUAUCUAUUUUGACAACGCUAAACAAGAAGUAUGAUCCUGAAGAUAAGCACCACAUUGUUCGUAUCUAUGAUUAUUUUGUAUUUCAGCGGCAUUUGUGCAUUUGCUUUGAACUGCUAGACACAAAUCUGUAUGAGCUUAUUAAGAUAAAUCAAUUCAGGGGUUUAUCACUGAGCAUUGUCCAGUUGUUCUCUAAACAGAUUUUACAUGGAUUGGCUCUAUUAAAAGAUGCUGGGAUAAUUCAUUGUGAUUUGAAGCCUGAAAACAUUCUUCUAUGCACAAGUGUGAAGACAGCAGAAGUUAAAAUAAUCGACUUUGGAUCAGCAUGCAUGGAGGAUCGUACUGUUUACUCCUACAUCCAGAGUCGUUACUACAGGUCGCCUGAAGUCCUUCUUGGAUAUCAAUAUACUACUGCUAUUGACAUGUGGUCCUUUGGGUGCAUAGUUGCAGAACUGUUUCUAGGAUUGCCGCUCUUCCCUGGAGCUUCAGAAUUUGAUCUUUUGAGGAGAAUGGUUGAAAUUCUUGGUGGACAACCCCCUGAUUAUCUACUAAAGGAGGCAAAAAAUACUAGCAAGUUCUUUAAGUGUGUUGGAAGUGUCCACAAUGUAGACAGUGGUGAAGUUACCUUUGGUGGCAAAAGUGCUUACCAAGCAUUAACAGUGGAAGAAUACGAAGCUAGAGAAUUGAAAAAACCGUCUAUCGGAAAGGAGUAUUUCCAUCAUAUGAACCUUGAGGCAAUUGUUACAAACUAUCCUUACAGAAAGAAUCUGCCACAUGAAGAUAUGAUGAAAGAGAGUCAAGUACGAUUAGCUUUGAUUGAUUUCUUAAGAGGGCUUGUUGAGUUUGAUCCCGCAAAGAGGUGGUCCCCUUUUCAGGCUUCGAAACACCCUUUUGUAACUGGGGAGCCUUUCACCUGCCCCUACAAGCCUCCUCCAGAGACCCCUCGCAUGCCUGUUACUCAAAAUUUUAAGGUGGACCAUCACCCAGGUGGUGGGCAUUGGUUUGCUGCUGGUCUCUCUCCCAAUAUAUCAGGCAGGACCAGAGUAUCCCAUCAUAACAGCCCACACUUUCAAGUGGUUCCAUAUGCACAUGGUAAUAGUUUUGGCAGUGUAGGAAGCCAUGGUAGUUACAAUGAUGGUAUUGGCCUUGGAAGCAGUUAUGGGAGUUAUGGGGAUAGCUGUAAUAUGUUUGCAUAUUAUUCACCAGUUGGUCCUUCUGGGAUGAACAUGCAUGCAAAGGCUGGUCUAUCAAUGCUUGGAAGUAGUCCAGAUGCAAGACGAAGGUUUAUUCAGUAUUCACAUUCAAAUGGAAUUGGUAUGAGUCCAUCGACAGGAAAUUUUGCACCACUCCCCCUUGGAACCAGUCCGUCACAAUUCACUCCACCAAGUUCAUACAAUCAGGUCUCUACCGGUUCUCCAGGACAUUACGGUCCAACUUCACCAGCAAGAAGCAAUUGUCAUGGAUCACCUUUAGGAAAAGCGGCUGCAGUUACCCAAUUCAAUAGAAGAAAAAGUUGGGGGUAUUCUGGAAGUUCUCAUUCUCAAGAGAGUGUGCCAUCUUUGCAUUGGCAAGGACAAUAUGCUGAUGGUACCAGUUCUACCCCAGCUGAGGGAAAUCCUUCAGUAUUUGGAAGUUCACCCUCACAUUGGCAAUCAAAUUCUAGCACUGCAAGUUGGAUGCAGCAGCAUGGAGGUAGUGGAAGUACUGCUGGUCAUUCUGCCAAACAGAAUAUGCCUGGCUCUUUCAAACCUUCUAAUAUGCAUUUCUCUCAAAUUGUGGGACCAGCUCAUGAUAAGCCUGGGGCUAGCCUAUCAUUGCCAGAUCCAGGGGAUUGGGAUCCCAAUUACAGUGAGGAACAGCUUCUACAAGAAGAUAGUUCAGAGGUCAGCUCCAUAAGCAUCGAGUUCAGCAAAGGAAUGCAUCUUGGUUCAGGUGAUCCAUCAGUUGGUUUUGGAAGAUCCAACCGGACUUCAAACCAGAGCUCCAAUUCACUGAUUCAAAGACAAAAUGGACCUAUUCAAGCAUUUACGCACAUGGAGGUUGGCAGCCCUCCUUCAGCUCAUGAUAUGCAUGCUGGAUAUGGCCGUUCAGUGUCCAAGCAUUCUCAUUUCAUGCCUCAUACUUCACAAAACUCGCCAAGCCGUUUGGGACAGCAAUCUCUUCCGCGCUUCAAUCAUGGGAGACCUGCUGUUCGUGGUAGUGAAUGGAAUCAGAUCAAGGUCCAGCCCCCUCAAUCCAGUUUUAAUUCUGGGGGACCCCUUUCUCCAGGAAAUAGUUCACUCAAUAAUGGCAUGCCAUGGGGGCGUAGGGCCAAUUAUCCUGUCACAAGCACUCCAUCAGCAUCCCGAGGGAGAAAAGACCACGGAAGGAUUGCCUAGUUUUGGAAUCAGCAUAGUUCCUUCUUCUUUUUUUUUUUUUUUCUGUGAGGGGUUAUGUUUUGAGUGUUGGAAAGAAAGUUGUACUCAAUAGUUCACGAGCCUAGUGGGCUGAUCUAGGAAAACCCUCACUCAGACACGUUCAUUCAUUGUGCUUGCAUAAAUAUAAUUCAUGGUUGUGGUUU